AUGACUUCGGCGUGGGCUCUUCUUCCUGGAAGUGGUUGCGAUGUUGUUGAGGAGCAGAGGGCCCGAUGGGAGAGGAAGCGCUGCCGGGCAGCUGGGCAGCUGGUGGAAACCGAGCAGCGUUACCUGGAGCACCUGGCGCUGGUGGUCACGUACUUCGUGGCCAUCCUGCGGGCCAAGGGGACUCUGAAGCCAGCAGUGCAAGAAGCCAUCUUUGGAUCCAUGGAGUCGAUCCACUUGGCCAGCCAGAAUCUGCUUCUUCACCUGCAAGGUGGCCACCUGGUGCUUGGGCUGGAGAGCUUCUGCCACCAGCUGGAGCUCUAUGUCUGCUAUGCGGAGAACUUGGAGCAGGCCAGGAGCACCUUGGAGAAACAGCUGAGGAAGAACAAAUCUUUUUCCCACUUCAAAAAGCUGCAGGAAUCCCGGCCAGAGUUCAAGGGAUACCGGCUGGAAGAUCUGCUCCUUCUGCCCCUGCAGAGGCUCCAUCAGUACAAGCACUUCCUGCAGGAUUUGGUGGAGAACACCCACCCAGAAAGGUCUGACUUCAAGCAACUUACAGGAAUUCUCAAGUCUGUCUUGGAGGUAUUUCACAAAGUCCAGGAAAUAACUCGUUUUCAUGAAAACUUCAAUCACAUGCACAGAGUUCAGAAACUGCUGAAAGGACAGAAGACCAGAGUGUUGGCACCAGGGCGCUGGUACCUCCAGGAAGGUUGGCUAAUGGUGGUGCCCUGCAAGGGAGGGGAGGUGCAGCGCCGGAUGUUCUUCCUCUUCUCGGAUGUCUUGCUGGUGACUAAGCCCUGCCAUCCACUCCAUCCCUGGAAUUCGCAUAAGUUUGCUUGCGAAGCCAUCUACCCGCUCAGCCAGUGCACCGUGGGGAAAGUGUUUGGUCAUACCCGGAGUCAAGGUGGGCUGCUCAGUUUGUCCUUCUCACACGCAAAGUUACUGCUGAUGUCCCAUGAUCAGGAGGACUUCAACACAUGGACCCAAAAUUUGGAGGCUGCUGUCAGAAGGCUGGCGAUCAGCUCCACCUCAGUCUACUCAGCGGACAGCCUGAGCAGCCCGUCCCGCAGGGCCCAGUGAACCAGCAAGACGCACCAGCAAGCGGGCGACAGCUUGCACAUACGGGCUGCUGCCCCAGCUCCACGGAGAC